UACAAAAAAUGAGAAUGAUAAUUAAUACAAGGUAUUUAAAAAUUAAGAACUAGAAAUAAAAUAAUUUAAAUUAGAAUUGAUUAGCUACCAGGAGAUAAAAUAGAUGUGUUUUCAGUCAGAAUUUGGUAAGAUGUGUGCUUUCAUUUGUUUCAGCAAUCCCUUUGGAACAGGCUAGUGCAUCAAAUGGACUUGGUCAACUUCCACUAGGCCUACACAUUCCCGCUGCACCACUGCAUUUGCCCCCAGCUCCUGCACCAUAGAAGUUGGCUCCUGCACCACAGAAGUUGGCUCCUGCACCACAGAUGUUGGCUCCUGCACCACUUAAUUUGUCUCCGACUACUGCACCACUUAAUUUGUCUCCGACUACUGCACCACUUAAUUUGUCUCCGACUACUGCACCACUUAAUUUGUCGGUUGCUGGACCAUCACCUGUCUGUGUUCCAAAGUGGGUACCAGUGUCAAACCCCCAACUAAUGCAUAAAGAUACUAAGCCAUGGACGCACAAUGCAACAUUGCUUCUAAUUUCUCUGACAAAGCAAAUGGCUGAAGACUUUCAAUCUCCUGUAUUAAAGAAAGUAGAAGUGUGGAAAAAGGUAGCUGCACAAAUGCUGGCAAAAGGAUAUGACUUUGGAGCAGAGGCAUGUGACAAUAAGUUCAGGCAGUUAAAACACAGAUACAAAACAAUAGUGGACAGUAAGAAGAAGACUGGGAGUGGUGCCAGCAGCUGGGUCUUUUUCUCAUCAAUGGAGGACCUCCUGGCUGAUGAUCCUAGUGUGGAACCAGUCUUGAUCGUGUCAUCUUUUGCUGGAUCUUCAUCAACUUCAGGACCAUCAACUUCAGGACCAUCAACUUCAGGACCAUCAACUUCAGGACCAUCAACUUCAGGACCUAAGCCAUCAGCAGAACAUGGCAAAAAGAGAAAGCACAAGUCUGAAGCACCUGAGUGGUUUGAGCAGUCUGUCACUGAGCAGAGGAGGCAGAUGUCAGAGCUCAUGGCCCUGCAAAAGCAAGCAGUGGAAGUGGCAAGUGAACGUAACAACAUCUUAAAAGAAUUUGUUUCUGCUUUGAAGGAGAAAUAGAAACUUGUGUUUUCUCCUUUUGCCAUAUUCUGCUGAUAUUUGGGUUCUAUUUUGUUUCCUUCAGUAUACUGUACAUCAUGCCAUUAAACAAUCACCUCACCUUAAUGAUUUUUUAUUUAUUUAUUUAUUUUUUAUUUUUUUAUUCAAUAUUUUAUUUCCAUUCUUUUAUGAAACAAAUACCUCUGAAAACUUAGGUGAACACAA